GAAAAACCUGUCAAGCUCACUUAGAUCUUGCUGUGAAACUCUGUGUGUGUGUCAGUGUACUGUGUUUCUAUGUCCUGAAUGUAAACACAUUUUGCUUUCACAAUUUAACAUUUGUUAAACAGCACCCCCGGUAGGCUACUGCAACCAGGAAACUCGGAAAUGUCCAACUUGCUAACAGACUGGCCCUAGUUAUACACGUGCCGUGUACACCAGUAAUCGAGUAAAACGUCCAAGUUUCCGAGGUCAGACUAUCCUUGAACGCGGCACGAAUAUAAAACGAAAAACUGUAUGUGCGCCUACUUGGUCCGUGUAAAGUGACGUAAAAUCACACGUGCCGUGUACACCAGUAAUCGAGUAAAACGUCCAAGUUUCCGAGGUCAGACUAUCCUUGAACGCGGCAUUAAUAUAAAACGAAAAACUGUAUGUGCGCCUGCUUGGUCCGUGUAAAGUGACGUAAAAUCAGAGGAAGUGCUUGUUAUUUCUUUUUUUUUGUUAGGGAGGGGCUUAUUUUAGUUGCCUAAGUAAAGACUUAGUGCUAUGUUCAGAACUACUGACGUUAUACAUGAAUUAAAAUGUAGCCGUUGUUAUACAUUUAAAAACGAUUAGCAAAUUUUAUUAUAUUCAAGAGAACACAGCAAGGGAAGGAACAUUAAAGUGGAACAAUUGAUGUUCAGGUUAUGUUGGAGGACAGACUUCCUUGAAUUUACCACUCUUUGGACAGCAAUGUGUUACAUAUUUUGCCUCAGGACCAAAACCAGCUGCGAGACAAAUACAACCAUUGUAUAACGGCUCCACUGUUGUUUAUAUCUCCUCGUUCUAACCAGUAAAUCAUUCAUUAAGACAUAAACAAACUGACACAUGCAACAAUGUCCAUGGCCCUGAAGCAAGUCUUCAACAAGGAGAGGACAUUCCGGCCGAAGCGUAAGUUUGAGCCCGGGACACAGCGCUUUGAGCUGCACAAGAAGGCCCAGGCGUCUCUGAAUGCAGGCCUGGACCUGAAGCAGGCGGUGGCGUUGCCCCAUGGAGAGGACCUUAAUGACUGGGUGGCUGUUCACGUGGUGGACUUCUUCAACCGCAUCAACCUCAUCUACGGCACCAUCAGCGACUCCUGCACCGACCAGACCUGCCCCAUGAUGUCCGGAGGGCCCAAGUAUGAGUACCGCUGGCAGGACGAGCACAAGUACAAGAAGCCCACAGCUGUGCCAGCCCCAAAAUACAUGAGCCUGCUGAUGGACUGGAUCGAGGUACAGAUCAACAACGAGCACAUCUUCCCCACCAACGUCGGUACUCCCUUCCCAAAGACCUUCAUGCAGGUAGCUAAGAAGAUUUUGUCUCGCCUGUUCCGUGUGUUCGUCCACGUCUACAUCCAUCACUUUGAUCGUGUGAACCAGAUGGGUGCAGAGGCCCACGUCAACACCUGUUACAAGCACUUCUAUUACUUUGUAACGGAGUUUAACCUCACAGACCACAAGGAGCUUGAGCCACUGAAAGAGAUGACAUCACAGAUGUGCCACUAACGGAGCACCAUUGACCACUUGACAAAUUCCAGCUUGAAGACUAGUUCCGUCCAUAUAGAAGACUGAAACAGGAAACCAAGUCUAAAAUAGUCUUUAUUUUUAUAAACAAGUACAACAAUCUUUUUUAACCAUGUAGGUUUGUUUAACCAGGAACCUUGUAAGGCAUUCUCUUCAUUUUAAUUUUUUGAAAUUGAGCACAGUAUUAAGAGAUUUUACUUUUUUUACAUUUGAAGUUGAAUCAGUCCUGUAAUUUAGUUCUUGUUCUCUUAUCUAAAAUGAAUAUAUGUUUGUUUGUACAUAUCUAAGAUUGUAGUAUGUGGCCACUGAGACAUUAAAUGUACUCAGUGUUCCUGCUCUAAACUGAGUGUCAUAUGUUUAAUUAUGAAAUGGGUAGUUUUGAUCCUGGAUGCUGAUUAGACGAGCAGCGUUCGAAGCCAUGCAGUAUUGUCAUACAUUGUUAUUUUUCCGGAAUAUACAUUCAAACUGGUAUAUUGUUUGUGUAUUACAUCUAUUCAAUGGUGUUGUUUUGUAAAAUAACUGAGAACAAGGCCUGUGGCGUGAGGCCAAUCAAGGUAGUAAAACAGUCAUGCAGGUCUUAUGUUAGUCCACAAGGUGGCGAAAGGAGCACACAUAAAUACGGCUGGUGAAAGGCAGUGUUAAAUACCCCAUAACUCAAAUGAAAAACAUAUCUGCCUACCUCAGUACCAUGCAAAUACAGUUUUAAGGACACCUUAGGGAAUAUAAGGUUACUUUUUAAGUUAAGGUUGUCUGUUGGCGGUGAUUGAUCUGGACUAGCCCUGCGUUUGAGUAAAAGCUUCUUUAAAUAAUA